UGACUGAAUGGCAAUACAUGACUGGAAAUAGAAGUGAAGUCUUAAUCCUUUGGUAACUUCUGCGUUAAGCAUAUUGUGCUGGUCACUGUUAGAGGCAGAGCGGCAGGAUUGCUUUCUGGUCUAAUGGCAAGCCUAUAUUUUUAAGAAUUUUAGUGAAUUUUAUUAGUUAAUGAGAUCAUUCCACAUUUGGUGUCUGUCUUGCUUUAUAUAGAUCUUCUAACCAGUCCUUUGAGACCAGUGAUUUGUCUGUAUCCUUGGACCUUGGAUUGUUACAGAACCCCUGAAAGCCUGAGUGUCUUCAUGUGUGGCCCUCACCCAAAGCAGUAACAGACUUGCUGAAAAUGAUUCGUGUAGAUGAUAGCACCCCAAGUUUACCUAAUUUGACAACUCCCCCCCCCCCCCCCCCAAUAUGUCACUAUUAAGCUUUGCAUUUGAUAGCGUUCCCUGGAUAAGCAGGAGAAGCUUUGUUGCAGAUGGCAUUGGACCAGACUUGAGGUCUGCCUGUGAAGAGUACUUGUGCUGCUUGUGCUAUUUUCCUUUCACUGGAGCUAAAACUUGACCAAGCAUCAGAGCUGCUUCCUCUCUUUGGUUCUGGAGAGAAAAGCAAGCUGUCAUGGAUGCUGCUUACCAGAAUGAGCUGGCACAGUCUCAUAGGCUAAAAGGGCUGUGGUGCCUAUAGCUGAAUGUUGAGCCACAUGAAAUGGUUCUUGGCUGCAGGAGCAUUAACAUUUUAAUUUGGACCAGGAGUGCUCGUUUAAAGAAAUCCUCUCAAUUGUCUCCACUUACAGAACUUUGGCUCCUAUAGCUAAGUGGCUUCGGUGUGCAAACUGGAUUCCUGUUGGAUUGAAUGAAAUUAGAAAGUGCUCCAACCACUGAAUGCCCAGCCACAGUGUGUUCUGUCAUUGGAGCGUGAUACUGCUGCUGAAAUAUAAAACCUCACAACAUGCACAGUGUGGGUGUCAGGUCCUUAGCACCAAUUAUUUUAUUGCUCUGUGUGGAUCUAGUCCUGCUGGGCUGCACUACAUGCUAAUGGAAACACAGCCCUUACCUGCUGGGUGAGAAGGAAGUAAACACAAGGUGUAGGCUUUAAUGAAGUGCUCUUAGGAUAGCAGGACUUACUAUUGGCCUGCACCACCCUUCAGAAUAAUGGGACUACAAGGUGGUGAAAGGGCAGUGUCUAGAACUGUAGAAUAUCUUAUUUCUCUUUAAAGAAAGAUAAAAACAGCUGGGGUGCAGAUGGGUACUCAUGACAUGACAUUAUAUUUGUUCUGAGCAGUUCUUCAGCUUCUGUUUUUUAUUACUACUGGUUUUUGCUUCCCUUAAGUAAAAAUAUCUGUAUGUGUGUAUAUAUACAUAUUUCUUAUUUGCUUAUCAAAUGUCACUUCCCUUCCAAGUUAGAUUUAGAGUAGUCUGUACAGAUUCUGGAGUGCGACCAAGUUCAUGUGCGCAGCAGAAGAGCAGCUAUUAUGGCAGAAACAAAGCAUCCUCCUCCCCUAGAAUUUUUAAUUUAAUAACCACAAAGUUUACGUCAAGACUAGAAUGUCUCAAGGGCUAGACUUGUUAGUGUUGGUAUUGAGUGGCUUUAAGAAAAUUAACUGUUGUGGAUGACUUGUACUUCAGUUUACAGCAGUUUGUAGUUCUUGCUUGACUCUAGGAUGAGAUCGUACAGCAGUGUUUUGCUGUACUUUUAAACACAAAAGAUUGAAGUUCUAAGCAGAGGGCUAUGAUUUCACACUAGUUUCAUAUUUUGUGUGGUUUGUUGCUGUUUUUGAUUAUAAAGCACCUGCAUCCAGGGAGUAAAAAAAAUAAAAAUAAAAAAAUGAAAGGACAUAUACUGGAGUUCUUGAAAGAUUGCUCUCUCACUGGAAAAUAUGUACUUUUUGUGCUGCAACCACUGAUAAGAUUUAUUUUAUAUGUUUUGUGAAGAAACAAUGUGAAAUAGGCAAUGAUUUUAUUUUACGUGGGUUCUAUUAAAAAUGUGUUAUUUCAGCUGGGUUCAAAACUUGCAAACAGGCUCUUACUUCAGCUUUAAAUAUCAGCUGCUCCUUCUGAUGCCUGUAAUGGAACGGAUGUCAUGUUGUAGCUGCAGGAUAUCUAUCUGGUAACAGUUUGUUAAUGUUGGUAUAUGAGAUCAUUUGUCUGGCAGUUGAUAUUAAUAAUUCCUUUGGUCAUAGUGCUGAAAUGCUCAGUGAGAUCCUACUCACUAGGCAUUAUUUCACAGCGCUGAUUACCAGCCUAGCAAUGUUCCACCUUCUGAAAAAGGAAAGAAAGCAGUGGUGAGCUUUGCAUAUGCUUGCCAUGUCAGUUUGUUGUAUCUUUCUUUGUUAAAAUGAAACACUCCUCAGUAAAUUCCUGUAGCCUAAUUAGGUUUCUCUUAAGCUUCUUGCAGCUCUGUAAGUGUCCAUGCAGCAGUAAAGAUACUGAGCACACAUGUACAUCUUUCAUGGAAAUACCACUACAAAUCUGAUUGUGAGCCCUUUAAAAAAAGCAUUUGGGGGGGAAAAAAAUCCCUAUCCUAUUGGACAGGAGGUGCAGCUUAGGGCCGGAGCUGAGCAUGGGUGUGGGAAGGUUUGAAGCAAGUCUUGGCCUUUUACCUCUUCGCUGAUGGCUGAAGGUGAGUCUUAAGGUGCAGCAUUAUGCCUCUGUUCUGGCUUGGCCUUUCCUCAGUAAUGAGAGCUAAGGAGUGUGCUCCGCAGAAGGAGACUUAUUGCAAGUAGUCUCACUCAAGAAACAGCUUAGUGAGGAAGUGAUUGAAAGUAUGGUCUUUUGACGUGGAAACCACGCUUCCAGCCUGGGGCCGUUUUGGAGGAAAACAAACAAGACCCAAGCCCUCUGGCUUUUGAGCUUUUCAGGAACCAAGGCUAUUCUCCCCCUUAAUGCUGUUUGGCUUUCCCUUCCACCAGAGGCUUCCAUCACUGAACAACCUCUUGAUUUUCUCUGGCUUUGCUUUGAGACUAGCUCUUGUUCUCUCUCAUGGUUGCAAGAAGAAGCACUCUAUGUGGCAUUUCUGUUGUUUUUUUGUUGUUGUUUUCUUUUUACACCACAGUUGACAUUGAGAGAGAUGAAUGCACCUUGAUCAUUUUAUUUACUCUCAUAGAAAGACAUGUUCUUGCUUGACUGAACAAAUUGGUUUUACCAGUGGGUUAUCUUGUUUCUGAUUUACAGGUAACUUAAUAAUGUGGCAUAACAAGCAACCUACGUGCUUGACUCUUAAAUUGGUGUGCAGUUGGAUACCAGGUGCUUGAGGGCUGAUUCUUAGGGUACUUCUGCUGUUUACAUGCCCAAGGCUGCAUAGCUGGUCCUCGUCAGAGUUUGACUUGAAUGAAAUUCGCCUGAUAGUUUACCAGGACUGUGAGAGAAGAGGCAGACAGGUCUUAUUUGAUUCCAAAGCAGUCCGUAAAAUUGAUGAAGCUGUGGUUCAGGUAUGAAAUGAAAAUGGCAGAGGACGCUCCUGUAAAGACUUCUGUCAGGAACUGUCAAGCAAGCAAUGGGAACAACAGUAUUUCUUCCCAUAAUCCCUCAAUAAGUGUUAUGCAAAAUGUCAAAGAGCAAAUACCGAAGUAUCAGUACACUAGACCAGCUUCUGACGUCAAUAUGCUGGGAGAAAUGAUGUUUGGCUCAGUGGCAAUGAGUUACAAAGGCUCCACCUUGAAAAUUCACUACAUACGCUCUCCCCCACAACUGAUGAUAAGUAAAGUCUUCUCAGCCAGGGUAGGAAGCUUCAGUGGAAGCAACAAUAACUUACAGGAUAGCUUUGAAUAUAUUAGCCAAGAUCCCAGCCUUGGAAAGCUGAGCUCUAAUCAGAAUGGCUUGGGUACCUGUCGCAGUGGAAGUAAUUUAGCACAUAGUACACCUGUCGAUAUGCCCAGCAGAGGACAAAACGAGGACAGAGACAGCGGCAUUGCUCGGUCAGCAUCUCUGAGCAGUCUUCUGGUUACUCCUUUUCCAUCUCCAAGCUCUUCAUCAUCAUCUUCUAGCAGCUAUCAACGUCGUUGGCUCCGAAGUCAGACAACCAGUUUAGAGAAUGGAAUUAUUCCAAGAUGGUCAACUGAAGAAAUGUUUAGUAUGGCUGAUGAGAGCUGCAGCUCCAAUCCUGCAAUGGUCCGGAGGAAAAAAAUUGCCAUCAGCAUAAUCUUCUCUCUGCCUGAAAAAGAAGAUGCACAGAGAAACUUCCAAGAUUUCUUUUUCUCUCACUUCCCUCUCUUUGAAUCCCACAUGAACAAACUGAAGUAUGCAAUAGAAAAGGCCAUGAUCUCAUGUAGAAAAAUAGCAGAAUCCAGCCAGAGAGUGCAGGUUUAUAUCAGCCGUGUCAUGGAUGCCCUGGGAGAAUUCAGAAUUACCAUCUGGAACCUAUAUUCUGUUCCAAGGAUUGCAGAGCCAGUGUGGCUUAAUAUGAUGUCCAACACCCUGGAAAAGAACCAGCUAUGCCAGCGUUUUCUUAAAGAAUUUACAUUUCUGAUAGAACAGAUCAACAAAAAUCAGUUCUUUGCUGCUUUGUUAACUGCGGUGCUGACGUAUCAUCUGGCUUGGGUCCCAACAGUAAUGCCAGUUGACCAUCCUCCUAUAAAGGCCUUCUCUGAGAAGCGUACUUCACAGUUUGUGAACAUGCUCGCAAAAUCCCAUCCAUAUAACCCUCUUUGGGCACAGCUUGGUGAUCUCUAUGGUGCCAUAGGCUCUCCAGUUAGAUUGACUCGAACUGUUGUUGUUGGAAAACGUAAGGAGUUGGUGCAGCGCUUGCUCUAUGUUCUAACUUACUUCAUUCGGUGCUCUGAGCUACAGGAAAAUCAGCUGACAUGGAGCGAGGCAGUUGGAGAAGAAGAACAAGUGCUAAAUGGAAGCAAGAUCACAACUGCACUAGAAAAAGGAGAGAUAGAAGAGUCUGACUAUGUCGUUGUCACUGUCAAAAAUGAACCUGCUCUUGUGCCUCCAAUCCUACCUCCAAAGAGUGAUCGAAAUAAGAACCAUACUAUUGCAGAGUGGGUAUAUAACCCAAAGGGCACUUACACUGUGCCAACCUCUUCAAAAGAAAAGAAGGAAAUAAUAGGAAAAGUCAGUCAGAAUUCUGAAACAUCUGUUGACUGUCUAACUAGCACUUUACAUAAAGGAGCAACUGAUAGUGGGAAAAGAAUUGUCACUGAUACAGGAGCUGUGCCCUACCAUUUUGAAGAGCCAUCUAAUUUGGAGGAUUUAACGGAUGUAAGGAAGAACAAAAACCAGAAUGAAAGAAAAGUGGAAAAGCAGUUGUCUAGUAGGUCGUCUGCUUUACCUUGUCCUGAAAGGUCUGGCCACAGGAGUUUACAUUUAGAAAAAGUCACCUUUCAGAUUGGAAGCUCUGCAUCGCCAGACUCAGACUUAGAAACUCGAAGGAGAGAAAUGGAAGAGAAUCUGAAGGUAUUGAGAAAAAAUACAGAGGUAAUAAUACAUUGUGCCUCAAGUUCUACAAAUCUGACUGUGGAUGCUUCCCAGAAUCAAAAAGAAAGCUGUGAAACUGCCUCUUUGCCAUACAGUAAGCACAGUAUUUGUUAUGCACAGAUCCCAUUUUGUGAGGGACAGGGGAGUAUCCUUAAUAACCAACAUAUGGAAAAUAAAGGAACUGAAGGAAAUUUAGAGAACACAGUAUCAGGUGAAGUACUUUUGUCAAUUGAUAACAUAGAAACUGUAACAUUGCCAAGUGAAAAAGAAACUAGAACUUCAUGCUCUGGCAAUCUGGAGAGCUAUUCACCUGGCUGUGUAGAAGUAGAUUCUGCUGUCAAAAGAGAGUCCCCUAAACUAGGUGUUAAAGAUGUCCCCUGUGGGGAUGCUAGAAGGAAAACCCCUUUCAGAGUUGAGGGGGACAUUCCAAGGAAUGAGAGUUCAGACAGUGCUCUUGGAGCCAGCGAUGAAGAAGGUGAUUGUUGUAUUCCUGAUGAAGUGCGUCACGAUAACGUCAGCAAACGACUUGAAGAGUUUGCAGAAGUGGAACUUCCUUUACCAAGAUCAAACACAGUCAGCAGACAGUGUGUGAAAAACUUCGGAAGAUCACUUCUAGGUGGUUACUGUCAUACAUAUGUGCCUGAUCUAGUGCUGCAUGGAGUAAAUAAUGAUGAAAAACUUAAGCAGUGUCUACUAGCAGACCUACUUCAUGCAAUGCAUCAUCCAGUGCUAGAUGAACCAAUAGCAGAAGCUGUCUGUAUUAUUGCAGACACAGAUAAGUGGAACGUACAAGUAGCUACAAGCCAGAGAAAAGUGAUGGACAGUAUGAAGUUAGGCAAAGAUGUCUUGGUGUCAAGUCAAGUAUCCAGUUUACUGCAGUCUAUUUUACAGCUUUAUAAACUCAACCUUCCGGCUGACUUUUGCAUAAUGCAUCUUGAGGAUAGACUACAAGAGAUGUAUCUCAAAAGCAAAAUGCUUUCAGAAUAUCUGCGAGGACAUACAAGAGUGCACAUAAAAGAACUAGGAAUUGUAUUAGGGAUUGAAUCCAAUGACUUGCCUUUGUUGGCUGCUAUAGCAAGUACACAUUCCCCAUACGUUGCUCAAAUACUCUUAUAAAUUAAAAUCUCAGGAUAGUCAUUCCCUUAAAAUAAAGAAUACGGGCAUGUUGGAAGAGGAACAGAGGUGCCAAACACUGGUAAAUGGGAACACUGAGAAAAGCAGAUAACUGUACCUUCUACCACCUUUCCAUUCCAAUUUCAGCUGGAUGCUUGGUCGGAGGACUUCAGUUUACAUAAUCUAAAAGGCAUUCAGGUGUUUCAUUUAAUUUCUCUUCUGACUUAAUGACUGCAUCCUUGCAUUUUGUCUUUAAUCAAAGGACAAAAGCAAACAUUAUGUGGCAUACUACUAGCUGCCAUCCAAAACGCUGCUCAAAACCAUGAAGUAACAGUUAAAGAACAAGUGGGCUGGAAAGGAUGUCGUCACACUGUGCUUCUGAGUGUGGUGUAGUGUAUGUUUCUUUGCUGGGGAAGAAAAGCUGUAAACUAUGUAUAUAGCAUUCCUAUAUGCAAAUACAUUGGAUGGAACAUGAUUUUCUUGCAGAGCAUAAGCAUGAUUUUGUGUAGUAAAAGUGACCAGCUCAGAAGAGGAGUCUGUAUUUAGCAGCCAAAUGUUAUCUGGAAAUGGAGGUGUGCAUGAGGUGAUGUGACUUUUUCCUUGAAGGACAAGAAAUGAAGAAAGCUGCCGCUGCUUCUCUAUUAAUAAGGUAUUCAAAUGGCUUAUGACUAGAAGUAAUUCUACCCUGAAAAUGGAAUGAACUGAGAUUUUUUUGUAGGAAAGCCUUAUGGAAUUUCUGCUACAAGUUUACAUUUGUUACUGAUGCAACUUUAAUACUUUUUUUGAGUUUCUGUAUGAAUUAAACCUGUGUCUUGGUGUCAUCAAGUAUUGCUAUCUCUGAGGAGUAUGGAUUUGACAAACUUCUGUAUGACACCAGUGCUAUAGUGCACAUGUGUACACAUGUACACCAGACAAUUGGCACCAACUGAAGACAAUCUUACUGGGGGAAGAGUCUUUAUGGAACCUUCAGUCAAAAGUAUUACUUUUCUGGUUAUUAUUUGGUCAAUAUAAGCAGGCAUAAAAGGUGAGCGUUGCUUAAAGUAAAACGAAAUGUACAGGGCAAACUCCCCUGAUAUUUGAUAUUACUAUGAAUGUUUGCAAUUACCCUUUUUGAUUUUACAGAAAUCUUGAACUAUCAUACGGGUGCCUUUCCUUAGUAGAUUAACUGCUUUGAGACCAGAAACUACUUCUCCAUGAGUUGAUACUGGCCUUCUAUAUUUCUAGGAAGCAAAAUGAAAUUUUGUAUUUUACUGUUUUCAUGUUGGUGAUAACAUGAAUGUAAAAAAAAAAAAAAAAAAAAAAUUGCAUAAAGCACUGUUGAGCUGGAUGUGAAAUUAUGGACCAGACUGAGGAAAGAAAAGAAAUUUAAAAAAGCAUUCUUAAGGAAAAGGAAUAAUAAAUGUUGGACCAUUUUGUUCUGAGCCAGCAUGAAUGAGGUCUGAAACUGACAGCUUGCAAGUGAGUUGCUGGCAAAAACAAUUGUUUGGGAAUAGCAAACUGAGAAACUUCUGGUCACCAGUUAUUUGUUGUCCUCAUUGGUGAUUGGAGUUUUUUUAACACUGAAGGGAUGCACUUUUAUUAAAAGUGGUUUUAUUUCAUACUACCUUGAUGUUUGGACUUUUCUACAGUAAACUUUAAAUGAUUUGAAACAAUGAAAUGUGCAUUUUGUGAGUUGUUUAAAUGUGAUUGGGGUCUUGAUUAACCUUGUGUUGCUUUUUGAGGGGAAAUGGGUAGACUGACUUACUGUGAAGAGGGGUUGUUUCCAAGUAGAGGGAUACCUAAUAUUCUGAUACAAAAAUUCUAAAGCUGUUCCUUAUAUGCUGGCUUUCUGAGCUGACAUUCCAGAUGUUUCUUUUAUUGUGUUUUCAUAGACUUGUCUCUAGCCUACAGAGGCUAAAAUCUUUCUGUGGUUCAGAUCUACUUGUACUGCAAAUAAUUAAGCCGAUUUUUCAUAUCUUUAGUCUGUGAAUCCUUGUAUCUACUGGAAAGCAAGCUUCUCUCUGCAUCUAUUUGUUAGUGGAUAUCACUCUAUUUCACAAAUAGAGUCAAAACAAAGUAAGAACCAUGGAGCAAAUUGUGUAUUCCUGAACUGGCCCUGUAUGGGGAGUGUGUGGGUGCAUGCAUGUAGGACUGUGAAACUCUUUCCCUGAGUGUAUAUAAAAAUUCUCAUGUACUUCUUCUAUUUCAUGUUAGGCUUAAUUAAUAGUUGCAUUUAUUAAAAGACAGUUCCAGUUCUCCUAAGGCAUUAGUUGGCUUUUUAUCUCAACAGACUGGCAGUUUUUCAGUGUGCAGAGGCACCUUUGCUAUCAUAGAGUCGGCUGACUUUGACUUCCUUAGAACACGUUCAGUGAUUUCAAGGCUAAUGUUGGUAACAUCUGAUUUUUACUACACAGGUUAUUACAAAAAUAAUAAUAAUCUGCCUUUUGGCAAGACAUUAAUCUAGGUAUGGAAUGUGCGCUGAUGGUCAAAGUGCUUGGAUUUUCUUCAGCCCAGGCUAAAACUUUGUAGUUCUUGCUGCUUUCUCAAACAUUUUGCUGCUCUUCAGAAAUCAUAUGAAGAACUACCUUGUUCUGACAGUUUUAGUUUGGGGAGGGGAAAUUCAACAUGAAAUCUGUUUAUUACUGUUAAAAAGGUUUUAGUCUAAAGAAAGUUAAAUACAUAUCUUUCCCCUCCACCAAAUGUUCUACCUCAGUUGAUGGGAUUCCACCUUCUAGGGCUUUUUCGACUCAGUCUUUAACUUGUUUUUGGUAGCAUCUUGCCAUUUGUGAUAUAUUAUGGCAUGACAGGGCAGUAGGUGUUUACAGAUGCUGUUAGACAUCUAAUAGGGCAUGUUUCUGUUUUUGUUUUAAUUGAAUGAGAUCAUAUGAAUGUACAGAGGAGUUGAAAGUUGAUUAUGUAGCUUAGUUUUCAAAUACUCCAAAGUUUUUAUCAGUAUUACGUAGGUUUUUCUGUAAACUUAAUAAACGCAUACUUUAAGUGGGAGUGCACACUCUUUCCAAAAUCCCACGUAAAUGCAGUUUACACAGUGCAAUUUCAGGAAUGUAUUCCUUUUUUUUUUUUUUUCAGGCAAGGCUCAGCAUUGAUACACAGAGGGGAGGAAUGAACUACUAAAUUUCGUAGCAUUUUAAUGAACUCCUUAAACUAAAACAAUACCAAGAUUGAAUUAUUUUAAAUAAGUUCUUUCUGAUCUAAUGUAUGCAACUGUCUUCUGCCCAGAAGAAACAAAUACAUACUUACUCUAUUAUUUAAUUCAUAUUUCUAAUUACAUUUUCAGAGUUACAGAUUGGACUUUCCCUCCCCCUACUGAAUGCAUUUUUUUAAAAGUGAAAAAGCCUUUUUAGAUGCACCGAACUCUUGUAUAUAGUUUACACAAAAUGAUGAUAGUCCUCGAUUAUAAAUUCUACUUGAGUUAUAAGGACCCGGAUCAAACCUAAGUCUGAACUGCUGAAUGCACUCUAGAUGUGUUUUUUAUAUAUCAAGUAUGCUAAUUUGUCAUACACAGUAGGAUUUCCAUAUAGAUAAAAACGUGUUGCUAUUUUGCAUGUUUGGAGAGCACAAGCUUUUUUUUUAUUUAGGAAUGACUGAAUACUGAUGUCAGACUACAUGUUUUUGAUGGCUUUUUUCAUAUAGUUGUUUAUGUACACUACCACUUUGGUCUAUUUCUCUGCAGCGUUUGGUGCAAUAAACUUUCUGAAAUUAA